AUGGACACGACUGGAGCUUCCGGCGCAUCGAAUUCGCACAUUCCGCUGCUGCGAUGCGCGGAUCUGAUGAUCAUAACCGAUACUCCUAAAGGACGUGGAGUUUUUGCUUCAAAGAACAUCCCAGCCAAAACUAUACUAGAUGUAUCACCUGUAUUGGUGCUGGGACAGGAGGAAAAUGUAAAGCAUAUCGAGCAUACAUCACUUUACCACUACACAUAUAAUUGGCCUAUUGUGGACAAGGACGGGCAAAAGAAGGUCGCUCAAGCGGUGAUAUUUGGUCUCGGGAGUAUGUUCAACCAUUCUCUUCAAGACCAAAAUGUAGUGUGGGAACGCGACGCAGAACGUUUGAUAGUCACUUACCGAACGCUACACGACGUGAAAGCUGGAGAGGAGCUAUGCAUAUCAUACGGAUCGCAUUUAACCUUCAAAGACGCAGACGCAGUAGUUGCUCCUCCCACCGAAUCGGACGGUAUCCACCAACUGAACCAGAUACAGCUCGACUAA